CGAUUCGAGGAGAAGGUAAAAAGUACCGGUACGAGAACCGUAUGGAUAAGAAAUUCAUCUACUUCCCCUUGGAAUGAAACUUGCGGAAUUUUCAAUCUAGUUUCAACUCAGGUUAGUGGAUACAAACUUUUCCUAGCCGACCGUUCGAGUAUGUGGAUGAAGGAAAGAAGAAAUCACCCAAAUCAAGCAUCAGAGAAAGAAGGACUUACAUUACACGACGAAAAAAUCACAGCUGAUUGUGCACGUUAUCUAGCUGGCUUGGCAAAACCCGGAAAGUAACACAACAAAGAACUUGGCGCGGAGCAUUGGAGCACACACACAACCUGCCGAAAAGAGAAAGCAUUAGAUCCGAUCCGCACCGUACCGUUCCUAUUCCGCUCGCUUUAUUUCGCCGACAGCGAUUGCCGUGCCUACAACGAAAAGGAAGAAACAGACCUGGAAGAAAUAUACACAGGAAAAUUGCAUCUCGUUAACGGUCAACAAACGAGUUGCGUUGAUCUGUUCAUUGUCGUUGUUGAUUGCUGCCAUUGCCGAACGAGUUCAGAUUCGAUCCGAUCCAGAGUCGGGGCUACAUCGGUGAAUUAAAGAAAGAGAACUUCUUCAACCAUGGCGGUUUACGAUUCCAGCUACGACUUUUUGGGAGACGCACUGUCAUUCGAGCACGAUGGUGAUGCUCUGCUAACAGGAAGUGACUAUAGAUUCCUACUCGACGCAAGCAACAACGAAACAAUGUCACCGUCGGAGGACAUCAUACCAGUAGCCACCACGGACGGUUUCACCAAGAAUCAAGAUAUUUUUCUGGUUUACAUGGGACGGGUUUUUGGUUUCUUAUCCAUCCUGGCGGGUUUCUACAUUUUCUAUUGGGCGUGGAGGCGGAAAGAACACGUGUACCAUCGCCUCAUGAUGGGUAAGUGGCCAUGUCGUUGUAAACGUUUUCAACGAAAUCAAACUGAAUCGAUGUCAAUGCGGACACCAAGCAUUUUGACCUGCUGUCUAUCUGUUUGAUACCUCAACCUAUCUCGAACAAAACCGAAUCUCACCAAAUUUACAUUCGUGUCUCAUUCCAUUUUCCAACCAAAACACCUAAAUACAGGGAUAUCGGUGUAUCUAAUUUUGACCAGGCCAAUGUUUGUUUAUGGAGUCAGCGCCGUUCCGGAGGGAACCCCAGGCGUCUGGGGUGCAAAAGGAACAACGGCCACCUGCACCGCCCAAGGUUUCAUUAUCCACAUUGGGGGCAUGGCUGCUCCUACUUAUUUUAUCGGGCUGUCGGUCUACGCCUGGGCGGUCGUAGCAUAUGCGAACUUUGACGCGAAAAAAUACCAGUGGAUCGAAAAAUACAUCCACAUUCUUGCGAACGGCUAUGCAUGGGGCUCAGCAAUCUAUAUUCUUAGCAUCCAGGGCUUCAACCAUUCCGGAUUCCAUAUCUGCUGGAUUGCCUCGAUUCCAUUUGGGUGCGGGGACGAGACCGACAUCGAGUGCACGAGAGGCCCACAAAACAUUUCGCAGGUGAUGUCUAUUUUCGUUGGGAUCCCGGCCGUUACGUUCUUGGUGGUACCGACCAUUGCGAUGUUGGCCUUGGUCUUGUUUCUCUAUCGACAACAACAACGGCAGCAACACCAGCAGGAUCAAAAUCGACAACGCGAUGACGAGCGACAAGAGCAAGUACCAAAAAAUCAGAUGGAACAACAAGAACCAAGUGAUUCCAGCAAAAACGACGCUAGCAACAAUACCGAGAAAGCCAUCUCAAUGAAAAGCAUUCGCUCGCUUUUAAGUGCUCGUAGUGAACACAACCGUAAAAGACGCGGAAUUUCUGCCCUACCAUAUCAUGGACUCACUCCGAAACUAGUGGCCAAACAAUCCUUCAUUUAUGUUGGUGUCAUUUACUUCAACUAUCUUCCAGGUAUCCUCCAGCACAUGGUGGGGGCCUUUUUAAAUCACAAAAGCUUUUUCCUAUCCUUGCUUGCCAGCUCCAUCACCGCUGGGAGCGGCAUUUGGUACGCCUUGGCAUACCGAUACUUUUCGACUACUGGUGUCGUUCUCGACGGUACGAAAGUCGAAGUAGGCUUCGGGAUACGGGAUAAUGCCAAAUUGCAAGGAGGUAACAUCGAUGAUCAGAACAACGCGGGUAAUGCUAGAUCAGUGACGGCGUCUGAGAGCCACGGCUUCUCUUCGAUGCAACUUGACAGUGUAAUCGAAGAAGGAGAUUGCAAUGAAUCGGACAACAGCCUGCAGAGAACAGAAGAGGUCAAGGGCAGUAACGAUAAGCCAUUGCCAAGAGCAUCAUCGUCUUCUAGCAACCGCGAACAGCGAAGACAAGCAGAACAUAAACAAUUCACUUUCAAUAUAUUUGAUGGGACCGCUCCAGUGAACAGUCGAUACUCUGAUUUCAUUUUUGAUGGCGACGACGAAGAUCAACAAGGCGAUGACGAGGAGUCUCGUUUUUGGUCUAGUUGCCAGGAUCUUAGGUAAUGGCGAUAUAUUUGGACAGGGGUGACAAUAUAAACUCCAUUGAAUUGUAUUAUAUAUUUCUCUCCGAGAUAUUCUUCCUUUAUCAAUGAAAAAUAUCAUAUAUCUAUUCGUCCCCCAUUGAAUCAUUCUAAAUGUUGUUCAUCAAACAAAAGGGUCCAUUCAUAAAAUCAUGUGCGGGAUCCAGUCAUCCCAGCAUAGCAAUGCACAUCGCAUUAUUUCGGAAUUCAUUGACAUCCAUGUGCCGAAAUCCAUGGAUCGAAGUACCUUCUCCUCCACAGGAGAAACACUACAUCUCAUCUUGUCCCGUUGUACAGAUAUUUCGCCGAAAGCAUGGAAAUCCAACAAAACGCGACGAACAUCCUUGUUCGCCCCUGGUUUAUUUUCUUUGACAUCAGGAGUGACAUAGCAUGUAUUCGGAGCACCAAAAGACAACCGAGUGAAUUGUCAGCGGCAUUCGGUGACACCUUUCUGGUUAUCCGUCUUAAAAGCUGUUGGUUUUGGAUCUUUUCCUUAUUAUGGAUCCGUCGCUUUUGUUUUUUUUGUUUUCUUCUUUGUUUGCAUUUCACCAGAAUUACUAUUGAUCAUUUUGCUUUUGGGGUCUCCUUCGCUGCCUGCAGCAGAGUUUUUGACGUGUGCCGAAGCCCCUGCUUUUUGUUUGCUUAUGAUUCGAUUCGCCUUGAUCGCCUCUCGGGUGCGUUUGCGUUGUUUUGCCUCUUUUCUCGUGUGAGCUUUGGGUCCAAUGGCACGAGCCUUUUUCUUGUGCUUUUUGCUCAUCGUGAUGUUACAACCGUGCUUCUAUUCGUCAAAGGUUAUUUUGUAUGGUGGUUUUAGGGACAACACAACUGAUCGCAGGAGUUUUCUUCAGUAAUUCCGAAGUGAUAUCGUUUUGUUUUAAACAAUCCAUCACUGGAGAAACGAGGGGAAUCAAAAUCCCUUGUACAC